AUGGACGAGACAGAGGUUACGCGGGCGGCGUGGAGGACCUUGUCGACAUUCCCGCCACCGUUCCCUAUUCCCCCUCUCCUCGCACUCCUUUUCGCGGUCUAUCUUGCACUCUUACUCUUCGACACCCGCCUUGUCUCACUCCCCGCACCAACGCGCUUUGGCCAGGUCGUUGCGAGUGCGGGCUUUGGGCGCGACGUCUCGCAGAACCGCACGCUGAAGACACUAUGGGCGCGCGAUGCCGCGGACACACCAGACGAGAACAUGUAUCAGCGCAGGCGAUUACUCUAUUCCUCCCUCAAACACCGCUUCAACGCAUCCACCAUCACUCCCCAGUCACAUGGCGUCUUUCCGUUCAACACUGCCAGCGCGGACACCCUCCUCGUCGCUUAUACAGCCUCCACGGUCACACUCUCGAACUCUCGAUCUUCUCCGUCCUAG